AGCAGUUCACCCGUUUAAAGUGUACAGGUUCAGGAGUUUUUAGUGUAUUCAGAGUUGUGCAUCCAUCACCACAAUUUCUGAACAUUUUUCACGAGGGCAAGAAGAAACCCUGCACCUGUUUGCUCACAUUCCCCUAAUCCUCCAAGCAUCCCCAGCCCCAGGCAACCACUAAUCUGCUUUCUGUCUCUUACCGAUUUGCCUGUUCUGGACAUGUCAUAUAAAUGGGAUUGUAUAAUAUGUGGUCUUUUUGUCUGGCUUCUUGCAUUUAGCAUGUUUUCAGGGUUUAUCCAAGUUGUAGCAUGUAGCAGUAGUGCAUUCCUCUUUAUGACUGAGUAGUAUUCCAUUGUGGAUCGACCAUAUUUUGUUUAUCCAUUCAUCAGUCGAUGGACAUUUGGGUUGUUUCCACCUUUUGCCUAUUGUGAACAGUGCUGCCGUAAACAUUCACGUACAGGUGUAUGUGUGGAUAUAUGUUUUCAUUUCUCAGGAAUAAUUCCUAGAAGUGGAAUUGCUGGGUCAUAUGGCAACUUCAUGUUUAACCAUUUGAGGAAUGGUUUUCCACAGCAGCUGCACCAUUUCACAUUCCCACCAGCAGUGUAGGAGGGUUCCGGUUCAUUUCUCAUCCUCAUCAGUUCUUAUCUUUUUUAUUCUAACCAGCCUAGUGGGUGUGGAAUGGUGUCUCAUUGUGGUUUGGAUUUGCAUUGCCCUGAUGACUAGUGAUGUUCUCAUGCAGUUUCAGGGUUUCUCGAGUGGUCAUUCAGUCAUUCAGCAAAUGGUGAUUUGAGGGUCAUGUGCUCAACACUGCAAACGCGGUGUGAAAAAUCGGAUGACUCUGCCUUCUUGGUGUCUCUAUGCCUGUUACCCUAUGUGUGUAGUGCUAGUGGUGCUUAAUGCUCACGGGGUGCUCACUGUGUUAUCUCAUUUAAUAUUCAAGACGUGUAAGUAUGCCUUUGCCCUCCUUUUUGCAAAGGGAUGGCAUAGGCCACCCCGGCCUAUAGCUGACUUAGCUGAUUUGACGGUCUGUCACAGAGGAAAGGCCAUGCUGGGACAGGAGUGGGCGGCACCUGCGAUUCUUAACAGUCGUGGCAAAUUCCACCACGUGGAUGUCCACGCUCCCGUGUGUCUCCCUGUUGCGGGCCGAGUCUGCCGUCUGACCCUGUCCCUCCAUCUCUCCCUGUCCCCUGCGCAGCCACCGCCGCCAUGGCCCAGACCCUGCAGAUGGAGAUCCCGAACUUCGGCAACAGCAUUCUGGAGUGCCUCAACGAGCAGCGGCUGCAGGGCCUGUACUGUGAUGUCUCAGUGGUGGUCAAGGGCCAUGCCUUCAAGGCCCACCGGGCCGUGCUGGCCGCCAGCAGCUCCUACUUCCGGGACCUGUUCAACAGCAGCCGGAGCGCGGUGGUGGAGCUGCCGGCGGCUGUGCAGCCCCAGUCCUUCCAGCAGAUCCUCAGCUUCUGCUACACGGGCCGGCUGAGCAUGAACAUGGGCGACCAGUUCCUGCUCAUGUACACAGCGGGCUUCCUGCAGAUCCAGGAGAUCAUGGAGAAGGGCACAGAGUUCUUCCUCAAGGUGAGCUCCCCCAGCUGUGACUCCCAGGGCCUGCACGCCGAGGAGGCCCCCUCGUCCGAGCCCCAGAGCCCUGUGGCGCAGACGUCGAGCUGGCCGGCCUGCGGCACCCCACUGCCCCUCGUGUCUCGCGUCAAGACGGAGCAGCAGGAGUCGGACUCUGUGCAGUGCACGCCCGUGGCCAAGCGGCUGUGGGACAGCAGCCAGAAGGAGGCCGGCGGUGGCAGCAGUGGCAACGGCAGCCGCAAGAUGGCCAAGUUCUCCACGCCGGACCUGGCCGCCAACCGGCCGCCCCAGCAGGCCCCGGUGGUGGCGGCGGCGCAGCCCACCGGAGUGGCAGGGGGGCCCGGGGCCGGGCAGCCGGCGGGGGGCGUGGCGGCAGCGGCAGGCGGAGUGGUGAGUGGGCCCAGCACGUCAGAGCGGACCAGCCCGGGCACCUCAAGCGCUUACACCAGCGACAGCCCUGGCUCUUACCACGAGGAGGAUGAGGAGGAGGACGCGGGCGAGGAGGGCACAGACGAGCAGUACCGGCAGAUCUGCAAUAUGUACACCAUGUACAGCAUGAUGAAUGUCGGCCAGACCGCCGAGAAGGUGGAGGCCCUCCCUGAGCAGGUGGCCCCCGAGUCCCGGAAUCGCAUCCGAGUGCGGCAAGACCUGGCGUCUCUCCCUGCUGAGCUCAUCAACCAGAUCGGCAACCGCUGCCACCCCAAGCUCUACGAUGAGGGUGACCCCUCUGAGAAGCUGGAGCUGGUAACAGGCACCAACGUGUACAUCACCAGGGCGCAGCUCAUGAACUGCCACGUCAGCGCGGGCACGCGGCACAAGGUCCUGCUGCGGCGCCUCCUGGCCUCCUUCUUUGACCGGAACACGCUGGCCAACAGCUGUGGCACCGGCAUCCGCUCUUCCAGUAACAACCCCAGCCGCAAACCGCUGGAUAGUCGCGUCCUGCACGCUGUCAAGUACUACUGCCAGAACUUUGCUCCCAACUUCAAGGAGAGCGAGAUGAACGCCAUCGCAGCCGACAUGUGCACCAAUGCCCGCCGCGUCGUGAGGAAGAGCUGGAUCCCCAAGGUCAAGCCGCUUAUGGCCGAGGGUGACGCCUACACCACCUUCAUCAGCUACACGGGCAAGAUAGAGCCGGACAUGAUGGGUGUGGAGCACGGCUUCGAGACGGCCAGCCAUGAUGGCGAGGCCGGCCCCUCGGCCGAGGAGGCCCUCCAGUAACCCCCACCGGACCCUCCCGCGGGGCUGUCACACUCCCCCUCCUGUCACACCCACCCGCCAUCUUGGUCACGAGCUACUACUGUCUGUCCUUCCCCAGGACCCGCGGGGGGCACUGCAUGCUCCCGGCCCCUCUGCCUCCCCCUCCCACCCCCUGACCCCAGUCCGAUCGGGGAUCCGGGCUGGGAGAGGAUGGCAGGUGGUGCGAGGUCUGCGCUGCCUUCUCUAGCACACACUCGUGCACAGCUGGGGGGCUCUUGCUCCCCCUCUCCUAACCCCGAGCAACUGUCUCCCCACUCACCAGGCCAGGCACAGGGAGGGGCUGGCCUGGGAGGCUUGGGAAGACCCCCUUCCCAGGCGCUGGGCCACCUAGCCGGAGCAUUCCUCAGCCUCCGCCCCCCACUGCAGCCCCUUGGGACUCACAGGGGCCCCGGGUUCUCAGGACCCCUCCGGCCACCACCUCCCAGUGCUUCCACGUUUCCAAAAGCGCCUUCCUGUCUCCCUCGUCUGUCCCUGCACCUGGGGGCUGGGGUAGGCGAGGCCGUGAGGACUGCCCGUUUUACAGCUGAGGAAACAGGCUCAGAGAAACUCCAUGACCGACCUAAGGUGGCGGGCGGUGGCAGGCCCAGCGCCCUCCUCUUCCCCCACCUGUGCUCAGCCUCUCUUGCCGCCACUAGCCCCCUGGGGCCUGAGAGGGGCAGGUCUUGAGGGGGGGGGCCCUUGGGGGCAGACCGAGGGUCUCUGAGGAUAGGAGAGGUUUCCGGGGCUCGCAGAAGCGUGUGGGUGUGCGUGUGUGUGUGUGUGCGCGUGUGUGUGUAGAAGUUUUGCUUUUAAACAGAUGAAGACGUGAGAGGCAGUAGGACCAGGGGCGGAACCCAGGGGAGCAGGCUGGGGGUGCUGCUGCCUUUCCCUCCCUUCCCCACCCCCGCCCCCCACGGCAGGGCUCCCAGCCCCCACCCCCUGUACAUACUUUUUAAAACAUUUUUUUAGCUAAUGAAAUAUUGAAGUAUAAGAUUCCUUUUAUUUUUCAAACCAACGGGACCGUGUCUGAUGUCCCCUUCAGUCCUCUGGGCUGUGGAAGGCAGGACGGAGUGGGGAGCCAGGGGCAGGCUGAAUGUGCGCGUGUGUGUGUGUGUGUGUGUGUGUGUGUGUGUGUAAUGGGAGCGCGCGUUGCCAAGGGGGGGACCCCCCAGGCCCCGCUCUGCCUGGGCUCCCGUGGGUCUGGCUGGCUCACACUCAACCCCAGGGCCUUCCCCCAAGGGCUACAUUGCAAGGGUGUCCCUGGUUUGUCCAGUUGGCUGAGUCCAGCUCCUGGCAGGGCCGGGUCUGCUUCACGGUUAAAGAUUGUUUGCAGAAUCUUCUUUUACCAUUCCUCUCUUUCUAUCCUUGGCUUAGCUCCACGAGUGGUUUUGUGGUUUUUUUUUUUGAGUUCUACAUGUAAACUCGGAGGGUUCUUUUUGUUUUUUUAACUCCCCCCCCCCGCCCCCCUCCCCACACACUGGGUGUCCGUUUCUUUGCAAUUUCACAUUUUUGUCUAGCCCUGGUUCUCACCGCCUCUGUCUCCCCCGCAGUCUGACUAGCCCAUUGCUCCCAGCAGCCUCUUCUCUCUCCAAAGGCAAGGGGAUUACAGGAGGUGGGGUGGGGGCCAGCUGGACCACUGGGAUCUGACCUGGAGGCCUGUCCCCCCACCCAGGAGCCCCUGCCAGCCUGCGGGGAGCGGGUCCUUCCUGACAUCUGCUUGCUGCUGGGGGGCACGGGGGGCGGUGGGUGGUGGUCAGACCAGCAGGGCCCUGGCGCUCUGCUUUCCUGGCCCAGCCCCAGUACCUUAGCCCUCAGCCGGCCCGAGUGCGUGGGGGGAGUCGACAGCCCCAGCUAAAGCACAAGCACCUUAGUCGCACCUCCCCUGCCCCCUCAUCCUGGCCUCAACACCCCACCCCAGCGUAGAUCCCAAAGCACAAUAUCCUGGUCACUUGGCAAGCUGCCGGGCCGACCAAGGCCGAGGGGUGGGCUGGGGCUCCAGCUAGACCCCCAAAGGAAGCAGGAGUCCCCAGGCGCUCCCCUCCUUCCAGGCCUUAGCGGGGGCCAGCUCUCUGGGACUGGGGUCUUCUCCCUCCCCACCCCCUUGUCCUGGGCAGGCCCCUGUCCAGCCCCUCCUCGCCUUGUCCUCGGGUGGGGCUUGCCCCGCCCCUCCUCCGAGCCCCUGCAGCACUGGGUUGGGUGGCAGAGCCCUCUUGUUUCAGGGACUCCAGGAGGUGCCCCUGGCUCCCUGGACUGUGUGUAUAGGUCUGGGGAGGGGGCGGGGGAGAGGGGCUGGGCAGGGGCGCAGGGGAGGAAACUCCUCACCAGGAGAGCCAAAGACAGGGUUGUGCCUUACCCCAGGAGCCACCCCUGCGCCCUCCCGCCCUGCCCUCCCCGCUCUUGGGCGGCCUGCUGCUUUUCCUGCUUUCCCUUCCCCUGGCCCUGCCCUGAGCUGCAUGGACCUCCCGCCCCCACCCCCCACCCCCCCGGGGCAGCCAGGAAGGAACAUGAAUGGAGGAUCACUGACCAACGCAAAAAAGACUGGGGGCCCCCCUCCACCUCCCCCGGCCGCCCAUUCACCCACGUCUCUUUCACGCAGGACAGACCACCCGCCCUGUCCGCGUGGAGUGCCAACACCCUCCCUGCCCUGGGCCGAGCCCCUCCUCCCCGGGCCCAUAAGUGAGAUUGCACAUUAACUACUGUAAGAAGAGGAGCCGCACUGGGAAAUGUGAACCAUGAGAAUAUCAGUGAUACUGAUGAGGAGAAUAAACUAAACGCCUUUGUAACAGCCCUGCUGCAAGCUGCUCACUGGGGGCGUGGGGUGGUGGGCCCAGGAAGGGAUGCUGGCUGCACACUAGGGCCCCCCUCCUUCCGCAGAGCAACAUCCCCAUUCCCCAGGGCUUCACACUGACAAGCGCAGUGGGUGCCUGGC